AUGCCGGAACACAGCCCGGCACCAACUCCGCAUAGAGCCAUCUAUGGAUUCGCCUUUUACUUGUUAUUCACAGUCCUAUUUAUUGUCUAUGUGGCCUGGGCAUUCAUACCCUUGGAGUUGGGUUUGCAUUCCUAUUUGCCAGAUAAAUAUUUUGCAGUGUUUAUUCCUUUCCUAAUUUUGGUGUUUGCCUGGUUCUUCGCUUUUCUGAUUUAUCCGGCCAUAAAUCUAUCACUGACUGUUAAUGUAGAUUCAAUAGCGUCGAUAGUGGCUCCAAAACUUGUGUUACCCAAGGGUGAAGAGUUUUCUGACUGGUCGCAAUUAAAACAAGACAAAGAGAACUCGAAUAAGUCAAAAAUUCGCAAGGACCCAAUUAAUUGUAAUCUAUGUGGAACCAUACACAAGCCCAUAGAUCGUUCACCUAUAGCGCCAUUAAGAUUCAUGGAUUUAAGUGAUGUAAAUAAAGCUUAUCAUUAAAA